UACGUGCACAAUUGCUGGCGGAUAAACUUGUUGAUGUUGAGUUGGCAGUUUGGCUUUUUGGCUUUUUUAGCGUAAACUACUUUUGUUGCCCUAUCUUAUUUCUUUGAAGAGCUAACUUCACCUGCGCUGUAUAUAUUUAAAAUGUAGGCGUAUUAACACAGUUAAAAGCCACUAGUUUGCUGACGGCCCCGUUGUGUGUAUGCGGUCGCCACGCAGCGGUGCAGCAGCAAUCCGGGUUUACCUCAGUCUUCAUUAGCUACUAUAUAGUAGCCAGUUAAUACACAUUGGGCUGCACUCAGAUCAACCCUGACAUUUUUACCUGUUUUUAUUAUUUUUUAAUGAGGCGGAGGAACUAAUGAGACCGUUGUCAUGACAUUGAGGAGAGUAAACGUGGUCAUCCUUUUGCUGCUGGCUGUGGCCUUCCUGAUCAUAGUUCAACGAAAUCUCCUUAACCUCAGUGACAUUUUACACAAGGAAAACCCCGAUGCAGGGAUGAUUCUUCCCUUUGAAUCCGAGUUGUCUCCGGAGCUCAGACAAGAGUCGGUGAGGAAAGGAGAGGAGAUCCCUGUCGUCGUCACUGCUGCUGUGGAAAGACUCGGAGCUGUGGUUGCUGCCAUGAACAGCGUCUACCAGAACAGUAAAGCCAAUGUCGUCUUCACCAUAGUGACCCUGAAUGACACGGUGGAUCACCUAAACGUGUGGCUUAGUAAGACACGGCUUAAAAAUGUCAAAUAUACAAUAGUUAUUUUCAAGCCUGAGCUCCUUAAUGGGAAGAUAUCUAAAGAUCCUCAGACACUGGAAGCUGUCAAACCAUUGACUUUUGCCAGGUUUUAUCUACCUCUAUACAUACCCGAGGCAGAGAAAGCCAUCUAUUUGGAUGACGAUGUCAUUGUACAAGGGGACAUUCAAGAGCUUUAUGAAACCAACCUCAAACCAGGACACGCAGCUGCCUUUUCUGAUGACUGUGAUUCAGCAUCUGCUAAGGGCAUCAUUCGAGGGGCUGGAAAUCAGAAUAACUAUAUAGGCUUUCUGGACUUCAAGAAGGACGCUAUCAAGAAGCUGGGGAUGAGGGCCAACACAUGCUCCUUCAACCCCGGGGUCAUCCUCGCCAACCUGACGGAGUGGAGGAACCAGAACAUCACCCGGCAGCUGGAGAACUGGAUGGAACUCAACACACAGGAGGAUUUGUACAGUAAGACGCUGGCAGAGAGUAUCACCACCCCCCCACUCCUCAUUGUUUUCUACAAACGUCACUCCACGAUCGACCCCAUGUGGCAUGUCAGGCACCUUGGCACGACAGGUGCUGGAAACCGCUACUCCCCCCAGUUUGUGAAAGCUGCCAAACUCCUCCACUGGAAUGGACACUACAAGCCCUGGGGGAGAACAUCCUCCUUUUCUGACGUGUGGGACAAGUGGUUCAUUCCAGACCCCACAGGAAAAUUUCAUCCCGUGCGAAAGCAUGCAGGGGACAACUAGACUGAAAAAUUGGUUUUAGUAAACUUUACAGCGGCCAGGCCCACCCAGCAGGACUACGCCUCGCUCGCGUCUCAGGAACUAAGUAAGGCCUUUUUACUUUCCAGUCCUGUCAUCCUAAGAACAUGUGGACCCUGUGUACUCUUGAAUUCCCUUGAACGUGCACCUUUUUUCUAUACCCAGUGCAUCUUAUUAUGCUUAGAGCGCACACAUUUUUCACAUUUCUUUAGUCCUGAAACCUUUCACAUUUUUCGCCCUAUGAUAAGAGUGGUGUUUUCAUGAAUAGACGUUAAAUAUAAUAUAAUGUAGCAUCGGUGGCGUCACCCAUUGGUUGUGGACUGCCGUUUUGAAGCUAGGAGUUUGCAUUUUGGCCUUUGCCAUCUUGGUAUUUUGAAGCCAGAAGUGAGCUGGGGAGGAUGACGCAGCUAAGCUAGUGUUGUGUAUGGUUCCAUGGCGUUACGCUAAGCUAAACACUAAAGAGGGAAUGUCGCCAAUCUUUAACCCUUCUGUCGUCAAGCGGAGUUUUACUAGCGGGUAGACGCGGACUGGUGCCGUUCAUCUGCAUGUAUGGCAGUGAGCUUGUUGAAAAUCUGCAGACUUUCUCUUAAGUUAACAGCUAGCACUAGCUAGCUUGAUUGGCAGGGCGCUGAACAAGACAUUUGUAGGCGACCAAAGUGUUCCAAUUAACUUUGAAGUAAAAACACAGUGAU